GUCUAUACAUGAUUGUAAUAGUUACGUAAUUAUAAGUCAGUUACGCGAGCGCUACCCUAUAGGACGCAUGUGUGAUCAUGAAGAUUUUUAUAAUUACUAUGGUUAUGUUACUAUGUCUCAAUCAAAGUGUUCACUGUGACCCGUUUUUUGACUUUAUAACAGCAAAAUUUGGUGAUUUAGCCAACUCCCUAGCUAACACGUUCAAGAGCUUAAAAAAUCAAGUAAGAAAACUUUUCGUGUCACACAGUCCGGAUGAAUUGCCGCCGCCGCUCCAUCAAUUUGCAGAAAGCACCAUCAAGAGGACUUUCAACGAUUUUGUCGAAAAGACUGCUGCAGAGAAUGAAACAGGAAUUCCCGAAUACAUCAAUUUAAAGUCAGAACCAACUGCUCUUAUGUCUACACCACAACUUGCUACCCUGCACGGAAGAAGAGUGGAAUCACAUAUUAUUCAUACCAAAGAUGGCUAUUUACUGACUCUACAUCGAAUAUCUCCAAGAAUUGACACUGUAGAAGAGGGAAAACUGAACAACCAUACAGUAAUACUUCAUCACGGAAUACUAGGCAGUUCUGCUGAUUGGAUUUUAUUAGGACCUACAAAAUCACUUCCUUACAUUUUAUCAGAUGCAGGAUACGAUGUUUGGAUGGCAAAUGCUAGAGGUAAUUAUUAUUCUCGUGGACACGCUAGACUAUCAGUAGAUUCUGAAGAAUUUUGGAGGUUUUCGUGGCAAGAAAUGGGAGAAUUUGACCUACCUGCUACAAUAGAUUAUAUUCGAAAAGUUAAGAAAUCUACAGAUCCUAUUGAUUUUGUAGGACACUCCAUGGGUGCCACAGCAUUGCUAGUACUGUUAUCAACAACGCCGCAAUAUAAUCAAUACUUACGAAUCGGUAUUUUAUUGGCGCCACUAGCAUAUAUGGCCAAUGUUGAAGGUCCGUUAAAGGUUUUAACAUCAAUGGCAACGAGUCCACCAGAACAACUGCUCAAACUCAUAGGCACGAAAGAAUUCGUUCCCUCGCGCAAAAUACCAAGAUGGUUAGCUAUAAAGUAUUGUAAAGGGCCGCUUUUAUUUUGCUCUAACCCAUUAUAUUUUAUAAGUGGUGGUAUCCCGGAGAACAACCAUAUGUGGAACCCAAGCUUUCUAGCGAGAUUACUAUACCACGUCCCAGCUGGUGGCUCAACUGACACAAUGUUACACUACGCUCAGGUGGUUAAAAGUGGGAAAUUUCAUAAGUUUAAUAGCCUCUACGAUGAGUUUGUACUUGGACAAGUAACUGUGCCGAUCGCAUUAUUCAGUUCGAGUGAGGACUGGUUGGCGACGAUCCCUGAUGUUUUAAGGUUGUACUUUAGUAUAGCAAACCCUAUAGACCAUUACAUUAUUCGAGGCCGGAAUAUGAGUCACACGGAAUUCGUUUGGGGUGCAGAUGCACAUGAAUUAGUUUUUAAGAAGGUAUUGGAAUUUUUAGACAACGGUUUAAACUUUUUCAAUUACAAAAGUAAUGAAGUGCGUAAUGAUGUACUGUAACUUGUGUUCGAAAAUUAAUACGAUUUUACAUGUCAUGUCCUUAUGUCACUAGAAGGAGUUUUUCUUAGGUUAUAGUGAUUUUAUUGUAUUUUUGUGCUGCCAUACUUGAAUAUUUAAAUAUAAAACAGCCUUUUCUGUUUUAUUUAUAUGCCAGUAAAUUAAAUGGAAGAAAUGUG